AUGACAUUUCCUGAAAUAAAUGCGGCUUUAAGAACAGAUAUCAAGUUUGAUGAAAUGAGGGAUGAAGAACACCAUGCACAUGGCAGGUCACCAUUCAGUCGAUUAUCUGUUGGAAUGGUUUCACAAUUUCCAAUCGAUUACAUGCAUUUAGUGUGCCUUGGUGUCAUGAAGAAGUUACUCAUGUUAUGGAUGAAAGGCCCGGUAUCUCUUGGUUGCAGGAUAGGAUCAACUGCAGUAAACAUGCUGUCUGAGAGACUAAUUGAAUAUAGCAGCUACAUUCCGCGGGAAUUUUGUAGAAAGGGGAGAUCAUUACAUGAAAUUGAUAGGUGGAAGGCAACAGAAUAUAGAUUGUUUUGUUUAUACACUGGUCCUGUAGCGUUAAGUGAAAUUUUAUCUCCUCAUGUUUACGCGAAUUUCUUACUUCUCUUUGUUGGAAUUACAUGUUUGGCAAGUCCUCAGCUCGUAAACAAUUUCUGUAGUUACGCGAACGAAAUUCUUUGUAUUUUUGUGCAAAAUUUUGCCCAGAUAUAUGGGAACGACAUGCUCGUAUACAAUGUACACGGGUUAGUACAUUUGUCUGAAGACGUCAAGAAAUUUGGUCCAUUAGAUAAUUACUCAGCUUUUGUAUUUGAAAACUACUUGGGAAAGUUGAAAAGAUUGCUACGUACACCAAACCGCCCCCUUCAACAAGUAAUAAGGAGAAUAUAUGAGCGGCAGUUUAUUAAGCGGAAUAAUGACUCUAUCAUCAAAACAAGAGAACCUAAAUAUGAACACACACAUGGGCCACUGCUUCGUGAUUUAGAUUCUGUUAAACAAUAUAAGGAGCUACAAAUGGAUGAUUUUCUGAUAUCAUGUUCCAGAGGAAAUAACUGUGUAAAAUUGGACAAUGAUGUGGUAAUCAUCAAGAAUAUUUUGUUACAUUCCAAUCAGGACAUUAGUAUAAUUUAUGAGAAAUUUAUGGACAAGAGUGAUUUUUUUACAUAUCCUAUUUCUUCAUCUAUCAUUGGAAUCCACAAAGUUUCACGAUUAACGAGACACAUUUUUGUCGGAAAAUUGACACUCAUCAAAUGCAAAUAUGUUCUUUUACCAAAACAUGAUUCAUUCAUAGCAAUACCCGUUAUGCACAGUGAGAAAUAAAUUAC